AGAACAGAAGAGGUGGGCUAGGCUAGGUGGAGUGGGGGUAGACAGACAAACAGGCUGACAAACAGGCUGACAGACAGACUUAAUAUGCUAAGGAAGAGAAAAAAGGUUGAGUGUGAGGUCACACAUUGUGGUGGUCUGUGACGAAGCCCCUUUACCGUAGGUGAACUUCAGGUGAGAUACAGGGGAAGGAUGAGUAUACAGUUCAGUAAGUUACUGUCUGCUGCUCACAGAGACACAAUGGGCGGGCGGUGGAACAUUGACUGAGGUCAUUGUCACAUUGCGUCAGUGGUGGACUCACUGGAAUAUAGUUGCCAGCAGCAGAAGGUGACAUCUUAGAAAACCAACCUGAAAGAAGUGCAUGAGAAGUUACUUAUCUUCCUUUUACCUGCCCAACAAAGAAACAGCCAUCCUAAUUUCUAUACUGAGACCAGAUGGAACCCAUGACGCUAUCUCCAAAUGGGAGCAUGGAGGAAAUGGAGGACGGUCACAUAGCCUACCUAGAGGGGGAGCUGGCACCCAAGGGCCUGCGGCGCAAGAGAGAGUUUAUCCCAAAUGAGAAUAAGGACGCCACCUACUGGGAGAAGCGUCGCAAGAACAACGAGGCGGCCAAGCGGUCGCGGGAGAAGAGGAGGGUGAACGAUUAUGUGCUGGAGAGCCGCCUGGUGGCCAUGAGUGAAGAGAACGCCCGGUUGAACACAGAACUGCUGGCCCUCAAACUCCACUUUGGCCUGGUGAGCCCUGCAGCCUACGCUGCCCACCAGAACAGCCUGCUACGGCUCUGCCAUGCGAACACCUACAGCCCCCAGUCCCCGCCACCCAGCAGCUCAACCCAGUCCCUGGACAGAGAUGUCUACUGGGGCAGGAGGCCCAGCUACAGAAACCCCUCCACCCUGCCCACUUACCACCACCGACCCUCCGUACUGACUGGGCAACCUGCCCCUGCCCUGAUCCAUCCACAUGCUCUACCAACUAGAAGGGGAUAUCCAUACAUCUUAGACAUGCCCAGUGUCCUCCACCCUGCAAACUCAUCCUCCCUUCUCCUGCCCCCGCUUCUCUCCCCUUCCCUAUCGUCGUGGCCGGGGGUUCCCCUGUUGAGGCCCACCCCUAAGAGAAGGUGUUCAGAUGAGGAGGGGGAACAGCAGGUCCCAGCAGCCUCCUCCAGCGCUGCAUUACCGCACAAGCUGAGGCUGAAGAACCCCAGAGCUUCUACUGUCCUUAGAGAUGUGAGAGAUAGGGCCUCACCCCCCGCUCCCGCUUUCUGUAUCUGACUGACCACACUGCACAGGAGCACAGAGCAGAGAUAGG